GAAAGUGCGUUUAAUUAAAUUAAUUCAGUGUAUUUAAUUCAUUCACGCCGGUCGGUCGGUGCAGGCGCAUUGCGUGUUACCAUUGUAGCUGAACCCUUGACUUCAGUCACACGUCCCCGUCCAGAGUGAGAGAGCACGAUGGGGACUUUAAUAGGGAACAUCACGAAUUAUUAUCACUUCGUCAAUGAUGACCUUGCGGAUCCCCGGACAAACAGCUUCCCCCUGGUAUCGAGCCCCCUGCCCAUCAUAAUAAUAAUGUACCUGUACCACAGAUUCGUAAGAUCAUGGGGUCCCGCGUAUAUGGCCAAGCGGGAGCCGUAUAAUUUGAAGAAUCUCAUCAUCUUAUACAACAUUGUACAGAUUGCUUUGUCGGCGUAUCUAACAGCACAAUGUCUGACCAGGCUGUACAUAUCAGGUUACUACAGUCUAUGGUGCCAGAAGAUAAUCUACGAGGACACGCCGCUGGAGCGCAUCGUCGUCAGCAGGGUCUGGCUGUAUUACAUGAUCAAGGUUCUAGAUCUUUUGGACACGGUAUUCUUCGUGUUACGUAAGAAGUUCAAUCAAGUAUCGUUCCUGCACGUGUACCACCACUUAGGAAUGUGCAUGCUCGGGUUCAUUGGCACCAAAUAUGUACCAGGAGGACAUGGCAUAAUGCUGGGCUUCAUAAACUCCAUAGUGCACGCAGUCAUGUACUCCUACUACCUGAUCUCCAUUGUACGGCCGCAGUGGGUGCGGCAAUGGUGGAAGAAGUACAUCACACAACUGCAGAUUUUGCAGUUUGUUAUCCUGAUCUUACACUUCGGCCACGUGCUGUUCGAGCCCUCGUGCGAAUACCCGAAGUGGGUCUCCUUCAUGUUCCUGCCGCAUAACAUAUUUAUUUUAUUUUUAUUCUCCGACUUCUAUAUUAAAGAAUAUAUCCUAAAGAAAAAUAAAAAUAAAGCUAAGUAGAUAAGUAUGCAUAGGUAGUGAAUAUAUUAUUGUUAAUAA